CGAGGAGGCAACCGGAGUCGCGCGCCGCUACCGCCCAUUUAAACACUCCGAGCGGCCGCUCCAAGUGAGCUGGGGAGGACGGGACCCCGUUUGCCCACACCGCAGCUCCUCGCCUGCCUUUCCUCGCCCGGCGGGCGGCCGUCCCUCCUUCCCUCCCGUGGGUCCCUCAGGCCGUCUCGCUCCGUCUCUGGCCCACCCGUACUGUCCCCGGACGCAGUAUGUCGGUGGUGGGAAUCGACCUGGGCUUCCAGAGCUGUUAUGUGGCCGUGGCCCGAGCGGGGGGCAUCGAAACGGUCGCCAACGAGUACAGCGACCGCUGCACCCCCUCAUGUAUAUCUUUUGGACCCAAGAAUCGUUCAAUUGGAGCUGCAGCUAAAAGUCAAGUAAUUUCAAAUGCAAAGAAUACAGUACAAGGUUUUAAAAGAUUUCAUGGCCGUGCAUUUUCGGAUCCCUUUGUCCAAGAUGAAAAAUCAAAGCUUGCUUAUGAACUUGUUCAGCUGCCAUCUCGUUCAGCUGGCAUCAAGGUUAUGUACAUGGAAGAAGAACGGAAUUUCACCAUUGAGCAGAUAACAGGAAUGCUUCUCACUAAACUAAAAGAAACUGCAGAGAAUGCACUUAAGAAGCCUGUUGUGGAUUGUGUUGUGUCUGUUCCUUGUUUCUAUACAGAUGCAGAGAGAAGAUCUGUGAUGGAUGCUACACAGAUUGCUGGACUCAACUGCUUGCGAUUAAUUAAUGAAACUACUGCAGUUGCUCUGGCAUAUGGGAUUUAUAAACAAGACCUGCCAGCGUUAGAAGAGAAACCAAGAAAUGUUGUGUUCGUUGACAUAGGACAUUCAGCUUAUCAAGUUUCAGUGUGUGCAUUCAACAAGGGAAAAUUGAAGGUUCUUGCAACAGCAUUUGACACAAUACUUGGUGGCAGGAAAUUUGAUGAAGCAUUAGUAAAUUAUUUUUGUGAAGAAUUUGGGAAGAAAUAUAAAUUAGACAUAAAGUCCAAAAUUCGUGCACUGUUGAGAUUAUCUCAGGAAUGUGAAAAACUGAAGAAGUUGAUGAGUGCAAAUGCAUCUGAACUGCCAAUGAACAUCGAAUGCUUCAUGAAUGACAUUGAUGUCUCUGGGACUAUGAACAGGAACAAAUUCUUAGAGAUGUGUGAUGACCUCUUGGCUCGAGUUGAACCACCACUUCGCAGUGUCUUGGAGCAAGCUAAAUUAAAGAAAGAGGACAUCUAUGCAGUAGAAAUAGUAGGAGGGACUACAAGAAUACCUGCUGUAAAAGAGCGGGUCAGCAAAUUUUUUGGUAAAGAAAUCAGUACAACUUUGAAUGCUGAUGAAGCUGUCACACGAGGCUGUGCAUUGCAGUGUGCUAUUCUAUCCCCAGCUUUUAAAGUGAGAGAAUUUUCUAUCACAGAUUUGGUACCAUAUCCUAUUUCUUUGAAAUGGAAUUCACCAGCAGAAGAAGGAAUAAGUGAUUGUGAAGUCUUCCCAAAGAAUCAUGCUGCCCCAUUUUCCAAGGUCCUCACAUUCUACCGAAAGGAACCUUUCAAUCUGGAAGCUUAUUAUAGUUGUCCUAAGGAAUUGCCUUAUCCAAAUUCUGCCAUAGCUCAGUUUUUAGUUCAGAAGGUAAUACCACAAGCAGAUGGAUCCAGUUCAAAAGUUAAAGUUAAAGUCAGAGUAAACAUCCAUGGCAUUUUCAGUGUUUCAAGUGCAUCACUUGUGGAAGUUCAUAAAUCAGAAGAGAAUGAAGAGCCCAUGGAAACAGAUCAGCAUGCAAAAGAGGAAGAGAAGAUGCAGGUAGACCAAGAAGAGCAACAGAAGACUGAGGAACAGCCGCCGCCGCCAGCUCAAGCAGAAAACAAGACUGAGUCUGAGGAAAUGGAGGUAAAAAUGACAUCUCAAGCUGGAUCAAAAGAGAAGAAAACAGAUCAGCCUCCUCAAGCUAAAAAGGCUAAAGUAAAGACAACAACAGUUGACCUUCCUAUUGAGAAUCAGUUGGUGUGGCAGAUAGGAAAGGAUAUGUUGAACUUAUUUAUUGAGAAUGAGGGUAAAAUGAUGAUGCAGGAUAAACUGGAGAAGGAACGGAAUGAUGCCAAGAAUGCAGUUGAGGAGUAUGUUUAUGAAAUGAGAGACAAGCUCUGUGGCGUGUAUGAAAAGUUUGUUAGUGAAGAGGAUCGUAAUACUUUCACUCUGAAGUUGGAAGACACAGAAAACUGGCUAUAUGAAGAGGGUGAAGACCAGCCCAAGCAAGUUUACAUUGAUAAGUUGGCAGAACUGAAAACUGUAGGACAGCCUAUUCAAGCACGAUUUCAAGAAUCUGAAGAAAGACCAAAAGCCUUUGAAGAGCUUGGCAAACAAAUCCAACAGUAUAUGAAAGCUGUUCUUGCAUUUAAAGCAAAGGAUGAACAGUAUGAACACUUAGAUCCUGCAGAAGUGGCCAAAGUGGAGAAGAGUGCAAAUGAGGCGAUGGAAUGGAUGAACAACAAGCUCAAUCUUCAGAACAAACGAAGCCUUACUUUGGACCCUGUUAUCACAGCUAGGGAGAUUGAAGCAAAAGCAAAAGAACUGAUAAACAUGUGUAAUCCUGUAAUCACCAAACCCAAACCCAAGGUGGAGCCUCCAAAAGAGGAUCAAAAACCAGGAGAACAAAAUGGUCCUGUAGAAGGCGAGGGUGAUGGCACUAGAGGGUCUAAGACUGCUGAACAGAGUACUGAUUCAACAGCCCAAACAUCUACAGAAAAGAAACUUCCUGAAAUGGACAUUGAUUGAAUUCCAGCUCUUGUUUAUAUUAGAAACUACAAUAAAGCUUUAAGUUGUCGACUUUAUGUUCUGAAUAUAAAUGCGAGCCAAGUGAGAACUGCAGCUUUCUCACAGUGUGCUUUUGGGAUAGGGUUGGUCAGUAUGAAGCAUCUUAACUCUUUGGUAGCAAUCUCUUCUGUUGGAUAAGUUCAGUCUUUUGCCAUAUGACAUUAGAAGCCCCUGAUAAUUAUUAGAUUUGCAGAAAGUCAUAGCUGGCCCUUCAGUUUAAUCCUAUUCCUGCUGUGAGACCCAUUUUUAAAAGAAGAGUAAGGGCAACCGAAAGGUAAUCUUUUUUUAAAAAAAAUCUACCACUAAGUUGCUAUUAUGGAUUGCAGCAGCUGUGUCAUAAGUAUCCAUUGACAGAAAAGUGCCAGAAGUGUUUGAAGCUCUGGUUUUAUUGCACAAGAGCAUAAUAAAAUAUAAGUUUAUGAUCCUUCUGCAAUUACAGAAAGUAUAAUGGCAUGUUUUCUAGCUCAAAGUUUAAUUCAUUUCACAUUGUUCUAUUGAUAGCUAUGUGAGGUAUAUGGCACCUUGGGUCAGAUUACAUGUUUGUGCUAAAUGGAAAGAAUUGAAAUGGCUGGAGUGCUUUUUCCGGUUUAUGUCCACACUCCAUAAUGAAAAUUAAAGUCCUGGGCAUUUUAUCAAAUUGUUUAUCUGAUAUGCAGUGUAGCCAAUAUAUAUACCUAAAACCUGCCAUUAGAUGCAAAUAUGUAUACCAAUGGUAAAUUCUCCCCAAUUAUAUGAAAUGCUGUGUAAAUUUUUCUGUCUCUAGUUUAAGUAGUUGCUUGUAGGGGGGAAAGGAGGAUAUACUGCUAUCUGUCUGCACUUAGGAAUGAUUCUGAUUGGUUGCUAACCUUGGAGGGAAUAUUUGCUUCCUACUUUUGGAAGUGCUCAUCUUUAACUUCCAACAAAAGAGCAAGUCCGGCAGUUUCCUCAUGUGCUCCUCUACCCUUUGGCUGUGUUUUCUUCUAGUAUUGAUAAUUGUCAAACUUGUAUGUGUUGAAAUCAAAAUGGAAACAUCCAUACACAUUGCAAGAAAUAAAUGCACUGGAUUGUACUGGAUUUUUAAACUGUUGAUUCUGGGUGAAGGACAUCAAAUUCUCGAGAGAUUGGAAAAGAAAUGAGUACAGAAUCUUCCUUUUGCAAUAGCUCCUCUUUAGACCCCCCCUCCCCCAAGCCUGAAGUGGACUCGUUUAAGAAAACUACGUUCUUGAAUCUACCUGUCCCAUCCUACAAUCACACAAGGGUUAUGCAAUCUUUGUUCUGCAUUAUAGCUUUUAGUUUAGACCUUAACUUAGUACUUAAUAUUCACAGUACUGAUGGUGUACUGAAGUUUCAAAGAACUAUUUAGUGCUACACAUGAAAAAUACCAUCUUACCUCCAUAAAUUGUCAACUUACAGUCAAGACAAAAAUCAAUGCUUCUGGGUUGGAAGAGACUCCCAAGAAUACCUUGAGUCUAAAUGACAACGCCAAAUAUUAUUGCUGCUGUUUUUUCUACCUGUUCAUCAACUGCUGCCUGUUAAAGACAGCUGCAACCCUUCCUUCUAAUGAAAUAAAUGCUUUAGCUCUAUCAA